CCCGUCUCCGUGCGAAUCGCAGAGAAACAGCAUGGCGCCGCCAAGUCGGGGCCGGACGCCGGCGCGGCGCGCCGUCCUGCUUCCGAGACACAAACUCUUGUCUUACACAAGCUCGUAGUACAACGCGUGUUGCUAUUUGCCUUUUUCAGUAUUUGAGAUAAAAAUAGCAUAAUUGAGUUUUAGCAUCCCAUAAUACACUGAAGCGAAGUUUAUUUAUGUAUUCUAUUUUGUUUUUCAUAUAAUUUUUUUUUCGAGAUCAUGAAGUACCGCGCGUUAAUUUUCUUGACCUUAAUUUUCUCAGUAAUUAGUAUAAAACAUAGAAAAAAUAACAAAACUGAAACAGUGAAAUCCAUAACAAUAAAUAAAACUGAACACAAGGAGGUAACAGAAUCGGUAGCUCCAAGGAAGAAAGGGCAAAAAGUACCAACACCACCACCUCCCACCACGACAGAAACACCUAUCCCGAUUAUACCGCCAGAGCUGGUACAACUAUGGGCACAAGAGAUAUCGGAAAUGCUGUUCCAGCAUGAGGACCGUGUCGUGCGGCGGAAGGAGUUACUGGAGAAGUUCUCAGAUAUCGGCAUAGAAGAGCGAAACGGAACGAUCAUCGUGCAAAACAUGGCAAAGAACUUAGAAGAGCUGUUGGUGAGGAGGACCAAGGCUGCGGAGAAGAUUGGCCGCCAUGCUGAAAUGCUAGCGAAUUCGUCCAAGCCGAGACCACGGGGAUAUACCUAUCUUAGAAGUAUUGGUUUAGAUGAAUUGAAGGCAAAAGAAUAUCCUCCGUCCAAAUAUGAAAUGAAGACUUGGUGUAGAAGCCUGUACAACGUGCCCCUGAAGAAGAGCCAGCAUUUCGACGGAGACAUUUCACUAGAGACCUCUAGUGUGUAUGUCGCAGUCGAAGUCUUCGAUUGUGUUCCUCCUGUGAAAGACCACUUAUAUUGGUCCGAAGCACUAAUAUCUACAUUCAAAGAAAAUUAUGCACAAGAUGCCACAAUGGACUUCCAGUAUUUUUGUAGCGCCAAGGGAUUCUUACGACAUUAUCCAGCGGCCUUAUGGAGUAGCAUGUACCAAUUGCAAAUGGACGAAGAAACAGAUGUAUAUGACUGCCGGCUUCGCCCGUGGUACGUGGCUGCCACCGGGGCUCCCCGGGACAUCCUCAUCCUCCUAGACGCUUCGGGGUCAAUGAACCACUCCUCCAACUCCAUCAUAGCUGAGGAAUUCACGCUGGCUUUCCUCAGCGCCCUCACUGAUGAUGACCAAGUGAAUGUGCUUCGUUUCAACGUCAUCGUAGAAUCGCCCAUCAGCUGUUUCAACGAAAAACUUGUGCCUGCAAACCACGUGAACUCAGCCGCCAUGAUGGCUGCCCUCAAAGAUACACAGCUGAUUAAUGAGACUAACUUGCAUAUGGUUCUGACGUACGCCGUGCAAAUGCUGCAAAAACAAAGUAAAGACCCCGAUCACCCGCAAGCUUGCCAACAGGCAAUAGUGCUCGUUGCCGAUUGCAUCGACAGGAACUUCACUGAACUUAUGAAGGAAUUGGAUCCUAAAGGCCAUAUUAGAUUGUUCGUCCUAUGGCUGCACGAUAUUUACGGCCUGCGUGACAACACUCUCGCGUUUGCCGAUCAACUGAGCUGCGACCGAGACGGCUACUUCGCAGAGCUCACCACUCCCAACGACGUCACCGAGCAGGUCAUCCAGAUUCUCAGAGUGCUAGAGCGGCCUCUUGUGGCUCAGCGGAAGGAGAGGAUCAAAGUUUACAGCGAUGUCUACGCUCACGUCGAGGAUCCCCGAAGAGCAGAAGUGUACUGGCAGCAAAAGGAGAAUGCAGAACAAGUGUACAGGUACAAAGAGCUGCGCAAACACAAGGACGUGUUACUAAACAAGUCUCGUCUGAUGGAAGACUACAUGCACCAGCAGACUUUGGACACAGAUGGACAUUAUUAUGAAGGCGAAGAAAUAGAUUACCGCUUCCAAAUAACUGUCUCCGUACCAGUUUUUGACUUCACUACGACAGAAAAUAUUACAAAAAGGCUGUAUGAGAAUAAGAAGAAAUUAUCUACUAGAAUGUACCCAGUAAACCGUCUUUUAGGGGUUGCCGGGGUGGAUAUUCCCAUACAUCAUCUGAGAUUGAUACUCCCUUAUCAUCAGCUUGGAGGAGGCGGGGACCUGUUCCUACUCGACCAUCGAGGAAACGUCGUACUUCAUGACAAUUUGAAGCCUGUUGUUGAUGGCGACAUCCUGAAGCCCGGCUAUCGUACUGUGGACUUUUCCGAAAUUGAGCAGGCUGGCGUCGUUCACCCUCCCAGGAGGUACCCUCCCGACUGGCGAGAGCUUCGCAAAUCGUUGGUGAUAGAUCAACCCAAUGGGAGCAGGAGCAUUUUGGCCAAGAAUAUUUUUGACGGGGGGAUGCGAGCGAGGGUGGAACAGAGAGAGUACCACUGGCAGAGGGUUCUAGAACAUUAUACUGCAGUGGUGGUACUACCAGCAAAUUAUAAUAAAAGGCGCGCCGUGCCCGCCGGAGCCUUCACACAGAAAUUGGCGGGAGAAGCUCUUAACACCCUUUCUAGGAGCGAGUUUUCUAUUAACCCUGAAUGGCUGUACUGCCGUCAUGUGGAGCCGAGAUUUUCAACUCGGGAAGACGAAGUGAGACACUUCGUCAGGCGCCGCAGCCAGGAACCCAACUUCGCUAUGAAGAAAACUGACUACUUCUUCUCCUCCAUUGGCCCUGGGCUGUUCGAUGAACCUUACCAAUGUAAUGAAGAGCUGAUGGCGCGACUGUGCAAGGAAGCGAUCGUUACUGCGACAUGGGCGGACGAACACGAGGACCCUGAUAGUGGGAGGGACUGCUCCAACUGCGAACUGGGCUCGGUCACCGCUUUCUUUGCUGGCGAGAGCGGUCUGACCCGGUGGCAGCAGUACCACGCAACCACUUCUCACUUCGAGCCGCCGGACGGAUCGGUCUGGUCCGGAGGUCCGACCGAGAGUUGGUACAGGCGCGCGGUGGCCUUCCCGGACACGCUGGUGGUUCACGCUCCUGUCACACCGUUUCGGAAGAUGAGGAAUUCCGACGUACGAGUUAGACCAGUAGGAGAGCGAUCAGAAUGGCUGACGGCCGCGCGGACUUUGGGCACUGCAGCCAAAGGAACCGUGGGAGUCGCCGGCUUCCACUUCCACCCACGACACAUGGAGGACGUCCUGCGAGUCACUACCAAUUUCCCUUGCACUAGUACAAACAAGGACAAAUGUGAAGUACAAUGUGACGGUAUCAUCUGGGACUGCGUGGUGAUCGACGAGGGGGCCUGGAUUGUGGCCGGAGACCCGGACUACGAGCGCAAGAGCACGGAGUAUCCUGUUCGCCGACAUCUGGCGGCCGUCUACCCCGCCGCUAUGGACGCCCUCAUCAGAGCUGAAGUCUAUAAACUUAAUUGGAUACAUGAUUAUCAGGCUGUCUGCUUCCCCAGUAAAGAUUCCGCUGUGAUGGGUGUUGUUUCAACUUUGCUGAAAACAUUUUGGUGCUCUGUAUUCAUUGUAUUUCAUCUAUCGGGGGAAAUUGGGACGUUAUUAACAUUACUUGGAACUGGAUUAAUACCCUCCAGAGUUGACGGGUUAACAGAGGUGGAGAAGAAGAAGCGGAGAAACCGUCUGUUUCGAGACAACGAGUUGGAGAAGUUUGAGAGUCUGUACGACAAGAUGGUGCUGGUGAAUCGCACCCGUAUCGCUGCCUGCGAUCGCUCACGCCCUAUGUAUCAGCUACAAAACACGAAAAAAGCGAAGGAGGCGUUGAAACAACCGAUGUCUGCGUGCAAAUGGCCGCUGGUAGCCGCGGCAGUGCCCGGCACCAACCUGCUGCUGCUGGCCGUGUACCAGCUGUGCGAGUACAGCGGCCCGCACGUCGUGCCCGACCCCCUCUCCAACGAGAAGCUGAAUCUAAAGAAAAUAAGCCUGCCCGCGGACAUCGAGUGGGCCGCCAUGAACGACGAGAGCUGGCUGGCGUGCUGGCGCACCCUGGAGCCGCUGCCGGGCCGCGCGCCGCGCCCGCGCUGCUUCCCGCACCGCCGCGCGCAGGAGGAGGGUUACAGGCAAUGCGGACCGUGGCAGCCGGAUGCCGUUCAGCCUGAGGAAGACGAAGAAGAAGAAAUCGUACAAGAUGAGUAUGACGACGAAGAAGAAGGAAAAUCCUCUUUUUGGUCCUUCAUUCCGGCUUUGAACAGCGCUGGCCCACUUUAUUCAGACUAUUUAUUGCUUCCUCUUGUCUUAGUUUAUAUUCAUUGGAAAUUGACAAACGUUUUCUUCUACUAAUCAUAUAAAUACUAAAAUACUUAUGCCACAGGAUAUACAAUACUUAAGACUAAUUCCAAAAUGAAAUGUCAUCAAAGUUAUGAAUCAAAAAUAUACAAAAAUUAAGGAAAUCAAAGUC